CACAAAGAAACCAAAAAAUUAUUUCCAUCAUCUCAUCUCCUCCCUCACAAGUCACAAACACCCAAAACCCUAACCCUAAUUAGCUCAAUUUUUGUUUUGUACGUAUGAGCAGACGUUUCUGAAAAGGCCGCUUAUCGGAUCGAAUCGAUUUCUAGUUUUCUGGACCAGCAGAACGGUGUUUGUUUGAAUUCAGUUGAUUUUGACAAACAAUGUCUGCGAUUGUGUGUGGGAAGAGAUCUUUCUUUGAAGACCUACCAACGUCGCCGAAUUCUGCAUCUCCUCCCGCUUCCAAGAAACUUCGUUGUUAUACUUCGACUUCUCCGGUUCGCUUUUCACCGUUCACUAACUCGCCGCCGUCACCAUCACUCGUAGAUAAGCUCCGAUCGUUUUUCCCUAGUAUGGAUAAGAAGCUGCUGGAGAAAGCACUAGAAAGGAGUGGAAAUGAUUUAGAUUCUGCCAUCAAGAGUCUCAAUGAACUCUGUCUUGGAUACGUGGAUGGGAUCUCAGGUUUACCCGGGCAAUCAAAUGCAAUAACUGAAAAAGGUUGUUCUACUGAAAGUGAAGGUGUUGCUUCUUUGGAGAACAACAACAACUCAUCAGCUAAUAAUGACAACAUCCCUAAAAGUGGUGCAGAAUGGGUUGAAUUGUUUGUGAUAGAAAUGACAAGUGCUACAAGCAUUGAUGAUGCUAGGGUUCGUGCUAUGAGGGUACUUGAGACUUUGGAGAAGUCCAUAAGUGAACGUGUUGCUGGUGAAGCAGCAGAUACCCUUCACAAGGAAAAUUUGGUGUUCAAGGAGCAGAUUGAAGUUCUUUUGAGGGAUAAUGCAAUACUGAAACGUGCUGUAGCCAUUCAGCAUGAACGCCAGAAAGAGUAUGAUGAGAGGAGCCAAGAAGUGCAGCAGUUGAAGCAGUUGUUAUCCCAAUAUCAACAGCAAAUCAGGACACUUGAGGUGAAUAACUAUGCGUUGACAAUGCAUUUGAGGCAAGCUCAGGAAAGCAAUUCGAUUCCUGGACGAUUCCAUCCUGAUAUCUUCUAAUAAAUAAAGAAUUAAGUUGUUUUAAGAGAGUGAGAGUGAGAGAGAGAUUUUGGUUAUAAAUAUUGUUUGUUUGUCUGUCUGUCUAAAAGAUGUACAUUUACCUGAUAAUAUCAGGCAAAUGUCUACAAAAUGAUGUUUGGUGGUUGGUUAAUUUAAAUUAAAGGGUAAGACCACAGUUUAAUAUU